GAAAAUAUUUAGAAUCGGUAUUUGACAAGUAUUUUAUUUCGUUGAAAUGGAAUAUAUAAUCAGUUUCCGCUUUCGGUUUUUAAACGAUUCGGAUAAUUAAUUUUUAUUUUCCUUCAGAUAUUUGUAAAUGUCAUCUGAUAUGACAUUGAAUUGACGUUUCUAAUAAUUAUCAGGUUAAUCUCGACACAUAUUUUCUUUCGUGAUCACUUUACAUGAUUCUUGCGUUUUAAAUUGUAAGUGUUGUAAACAUAUUGACAGAGUUACUUGUUUUCGUCCAUCGAAACGGAAAUCGUUAAACGUUUCAUUAAUAAUAAAUUAGCCACGUCAGUUUUAGACAACUUUCAUAAUUGACCAAACAUCAAAAUAUUUAUAUAUAUUAUAACUAGAACAUUCCGAUCACGCGAUAAAAUUUGCGAUAUGGCUUCGAGUGCCGCGGAGAGCGUCAACGAUGCCAGUGGUAGUGGAGGUAAUAACUCUGACACCAAAAAUGAAGAGAAAAAGGACGAUCAAAUGUUCGAAUGCAAUAUCUGCCUGGACACAGCAAGAGAUGCCGUUGUUAGUAUGUGUGGACAUCUAUUUUGCUGGCCUUGCUUACACCAGUGGUUAGAAACGAGACCAAAUAGGCAGGUAUGCCCCGUUUGUAAGGCCGCGAUUAGUAAAGAAAAGGUGGUACCUUUGUAUGGCAGGGGAAGUACCAAACAGGAAGAUCCUAGGGAAAAGGUGCCCCCACGUCCCGCUGGUCAGAGGACUGAGCCCGAACCAGGGACGAGUUUUCCAGGUUUUGGGUUUGGCGAUAAUGGUUUCCACAUGUCCUUUGGAAUAGGGGCGUUCCCGUUUGGAUUUUUCACGUCCACACUGAAUUUUGGAGACCCGAGGCCAAGCGCUGCGCCUCGGGGUACGCAGCAACACAUGGAAGAACAAUUUCUGUCUAAAAUAUUCCUCUGGUUAGCGAUUCUUUUCAUCGCUUGGCUAAUGAUGGCCUAAUUUUUAAUACGAUAAAAGUAAUAGAUUUUAUAGUUGUGGUGUUUAGUGGUGGCUUGAAAAAAUCUUAACACUGAUAACGUUGAAAUUAAAAUGUUAUAGGACUUUUGGAGGCUUCUAGUUAUUAAUUUGGACUACCAUAUGAGAUUCCUUGCAGUGCUAAAAGAAUCAUUUGCGUAUAAACUACAAGAGUAAUUUAUUUACUGAAGAUAUUUUUGUAAAAUUAAAAAUGUUAAUUCGAAAUAAGACUGUUGUUUAAUAUCUAUGAAAAUUUGUAACAUGUUUAUAUAUAUAAACUGUUUACCCUAUACUUCCUAUAAAUUAAUAUUAAAUGGAAUUUCAUCUAGAUUUCUAUAGGAAAUGCUGCGUUAAGCGAUUAUACAUAUAAAUAUAGGAAAAUCUGGUUUAAAAUUGUCUCAACAGUAGUAAGAUAUGUUAACUAUUUGUAAAUAUAUAGAUUUAAAAAUA